AUGGCCAUGGCGAAUGGUGGGGAAGGCAGUAGUCAAGGGAAGAAGGCUACACCUACCGUCAGCGGACUCACCAUCUUGACGGAAGAUAUCCAGAAGAAUGUCGAUCCAAACCCGCCAGGAAUCCUGCGAGAUUCCAUUACCAUGUCGGCGAGGAAAAUGAACACGGAUAUUCCGGAAAUCCUUCCGCAUGAAAGAGUCUUUCCAAUACAGAUAGGCAGUGAGCUGUUUAGACUGAGUGGGGCAAGCAUCAGCUCUGAUGCUGAAGAGCAUGGCAACCAGUCGACCUCCGUACGGACGUUAUAUAUCGAUCGAGAUCCCGUGACCUUCCGAGACAUCUCUUUGCAUUUACAAGGCUAUCAUGUGGCCCCACGAGAUGGCAGUCAUUUUGUGAAGUUGUUUGCGGAUGCGCAGUUCUACAGCUUACCACGGUUGAUGUCCCAACUUCACGAAGAAAGCAUCUUCAUCUCUAUCGGCAACCGCGAGUUCCAAAUACCUCGCGAGCUCUUCUCAGACCCUGGGAACAGCCCAAACUAUUUCUCCUUAGGCUUCGCCGUCUUCUUCACCACCCCCACCGAAAUUUUUCCUGGUCUAAGCCGUGAAGGCCUCUUGCGUCCACCUUCAAUACUACCACCCUCAGUACCCAACCGCUCCGCCGAGACAUUUUCAGAGAUCAUGCAUCUCCUGCGCGGCUACCCAUUAAACAUUAGAAACGAAGACCACCGAGCAGAAUUACUGCGCGACUGCAAAUACUUCCAUCUGAAAGGCCUAGAGCAAAAGCUCGUCCGCCACUCCAUAAAUUUCAACCUCGCACGCAGAAAUGAAGAGAUCACCCUUCGUCUGGAAGACGUCCGCCAAUCCGGCAUCUCAGUCGUAGGCCACCCACCUCCCUCAUCUUCUCCGACCCCCGAAGCAUCGCAUACCCCACAAUCAGGUUUGGUAGGCUUCGUGAACUACGCGCGGCCAUUCGUGGAUGCCAAAGCCUACGAAUUGGUCCUAGAAAUCGGCGACGAGCGCACGAUGCUGCAUAUCACGACUCACGCGCACACGCCCCCAUCAUUGCGAGCGGAGUUCUUUGGGGACGCUAAGACGAGGAUCAGCCGGUUAUUUGAGGUUAUUGCCACGAAGCUUAACCUGCCCACCACGCAGCCUUUGGGGUUGCUGAUGAAGAGGGGCGGUGCGAGUUCGCAGCCCGCAAGUCCGGGGAACACCCCGCUGAAUGAGGGUGAUCAUGUCCAGGUCAGUCUGGGCAGUGAAUCAUGGGUACAGCUAGAUGGGCGGGAAUGGAAGGGACGGGACAAGGAUAUCGAGAGGGAUGAGGGGAGCAGUGUUUCUAGUUCCAUUAUCGAAGAAGAUCACCCACGGAAGCGGAGGAGGAUGGGGAGCGGUGCGACGUCGGCUUUUGGGGACGAGACGUGGCUUGUUAAGACGGCGCAGUGGAGGUUGAGAGUGCAGAAUGCGAGGAAUGGGAAGGGUGGGGUGGAGUGCGUGCUUGUUGCUGUGAAGAUUAACGCUGUUAGUGGGGAGCUGGGGAGAAACGCGCAACGCAUGUUCCUUGCUUAG